UACAAGGACUAAAAAGGUAAAAAAAAGCAGAACACUCUCUUCUCCGACGCCCCGAAUCGAAUCCCAUCCCCCAAAUUCCAAAUUGCGCCGCGAUCCCUAGCGAGCGAUGAAGAAACCUAACCCUCCCCCCUCCAAGCCCUCCGCCUCCGCCAAGCCCGCCGCCGGCAUGGCGCCGCGCAAGUCUCGCUGGGGCCCGCCGCCCGCAGGCGCCGCCGGAGACAAGGCCGCGUCCACCUCCCGCCGCACCCCGACCCCCACCCGUUCCUCCAACGCCAGGCGGCACCCUGCUCCUACCGCCCCCGCUCCGCAAGCCCGCAACCCCGCGUCCCCGGCGGCCGCCACCCGCCCGCCGCCCCACCAGCAGCCGCGGCCCGACUACCCGUUCGAGCCCGCCCCCCUGCCCCAGCUCCCGCACUUCCAGCGUGCCGGCCCCGAGGCCUGGCCGCCGCACCAGCCACCGCCGCAGCAGCAGUUCCCGCCGCACGACAAGCGCAGGCACCCCGCCGAUCCCGACGAGGGCUUCUCCAGGCACCCGAAGCAGUCCCGUUUCGAGCCGCCGCCGCAUCAACCGUCGCAGAUGCAGCAGCCCCCGGUGGACCGGCAAGCGCUCAGGAAGGCGUUCCUCAAGUACUCCAAGAUGCUCAACGAGAAUUCCGCCCAGAAGCGGAUCUACCUUGAAGGUGGACGCGUCCAAUGUCUCCCCUGCGGCAGGUCUUCUAAGGACUUUGCUGAUGUGCACGGGCUUGUCAUGCAUGCUUACAACCCACCAAAUGCAGAUUCAUUUGUUGAUCAUCUUGGUUUACACAAGGCAUUGUGUGUCCUUAAGGGAUGGGAUUAUACAAAAGUCCCUGAUAACUCUAAGGCAUACCAGUCAUUACCUCCUGACCUUGUUCGAGCAAAUAGGGAGGACCUUAUUAUAUGGCCUCCAACUGUUAUCAUUCGUAACACUACCACUGGGAGGAAGAAAGAUGGACGCUCUGAAGGUCUGGGAAACAAAGAAAUGGAUAAGAAAAUUGCAGAACUAGGGUUUGCUGGUGGCAAGUCGAAGUCCUUGUAUGGAAAGGAAGGGCAUCUGGGUCUGACACUUGUCAAGUUCGCGAACAACCCAUCUGGCUUGAAGGAGGCUGAGCGCCUUGCUGAGUUUUUUGAGAGGCAAGAUCAUGGACGUGUAGGUUGGUCACGUGCACAGGCUACUCACAACUUAGACCCUGAUACAAACCCUAUGCUGGUUGAGACUGAUAGCAGGGGUGAGAAAAAGAGAAUACUUUAUGGGUGCCUAGCAAUUUCCUCUGAUCUGGAUGAAUUAGACUCAGAUUCAAGAAAAAGGGCUACUGUCAAGAGCAUAAAAGAAUUUGACCCAUCUGACUAGUCUCCUCAGAAAGGCCCACCAUCCCGCCAGUUUGUUUAAUUUAGACUGAAACAUCUGUAUCUCCUGUCAGUUCCGAUUUCCUAGAUACAUGCUACUGCUGUGCUCCGGAUAUCUUAGUAUGGAUAUAAUACCUGCCCUUAGGAUGCUUAUGGUCAUUAUAAUUAUUCCUGGGAUUUAUUUUGUAUCAAGUCUUUUCUGCCAGUCAUCGCUCACUGAUUGAAUGAUUAUCUGGAAGACCUAAUUAUUCUUCCAAAUCGGUAGUUAUUUAUUGCA